GUCCUUCCUCUUCCUCUCACCUCUCCCCCUGAACAACCCCAGACAGAUCGGAAUCUUCCUCCCUCUUGAACAAUGAACUUCUUCUACCUUCUCUUCCUCUCUUCCCUCAUCUACUCCUUAUCUAGGGCUCAUGCUACCACCACCGCCUCCGUCUUUUUCAUCGACAGUUCCGAGCAUCAAUAUAUUCAAACUCCGGCAGCCAACGUUGUUGAUCAGUCACAUUCUCUGUCAGUGGAAGAAGUUGGUGCUGCUGUGUCCAUCUUACUUGGUUUUGCACCUCCUGUUAGUCUUUCACCUGCUGGUUCGUCUAAGCUGAAUAAGGUUCUCAGCCCGAAUCCAUUUGACAGGCCACGCGCUGUUUUUACCCUUGAAGUUGAUGGAAUCCAUGGUUCUCUUGCCGCUGGCCUUGAUCGCACUCUCUUCGGCAAAGCCUUGAGGAGUAAUGUCGACCUCAGUUCAAGUACAGCUGACAUUCAACUCCCAGACGAGGAUGAAGUCUCCGUGGUUUCUUUGAACAUUCCAAGAAGUGAUUACACUGACAAAGAGAUGGCUGAUUUUGCAUCUUGGUUGGGUGGAUCUUAUGUUGUAGCAGCCACUGAGCCUCUGAAUGGAGUAUUGACCCUUCCAUUGGGUAAUGGUGACAAUGUGAAUCUUCAUUUGUCAAAGAAAGGAGAGAGGGAAUUUGUAUUAAGUCUUCUGGCUUUGUCGGACAAUGUUCGAAGGGCAAUGGAGAUGCACGGAGAUAUUUCGCUAAACAUUCAAAGACGUGCUGAGUUAAUUAUGGGUUGUUUUGAUGGAAUUAAGGCUUUACAGGAGGAAUAUGAUGCUGAUUAUGUUGCUAAGCAAGGAAUGGGGCUUUUACUGGCAACUCUUUCCAAGAUUUAUGAUUCAUUGCAGACAGCUUAUAAAGGUCAAAUUGUUGGAGUUAUACUUUUUAAAGGGAUGCCUUCUCCACAAUCAGAAACAUUGUUGAAUGUUAGGGUUUCCUCUCAUCCUUCUCCACGUUGGUUGGCAGAAACUAAAAGCCCCCCUAAUGCCACUUCACUAGAGGUGGUGUUGGUUAGAAGGACCCUUGCCUGGGUAACAGGGAUUGUUCUUAUCAUUGCAACUCUUUUAGGGGUUUACUUCCUUCUUAAUAUGCCCCUGACGAGGGAUACCCUUCUGUAUUCUAAUGUCAAGCUUGACUAGGUGUAGAGGAAGUUGUUUAAUGAAAAUUUGAAUGGCCAGAAGUGUCCUGGAAUGGUAAAAUGGUAAAAACAUUUACUACCUGAUAAUUCACAGAUUCUUCAUCACCUAUGAAGCGGAUUUGAUUCCUUCGAUUUUUCAAUGGUGUUGAACCAGUUGCUCUGGCUGGCUACAUAUAUGUUUUUUGGGAAUAAUAGCUGUAAUGAUGCAUCAAUGUUUGUAACUUAGUUCCUAUAUUAUGUUUGGUAUCAUUUUGCCUGGAAGCAUAACGUGAAACAUAAGAUUAAGCCAAUGAUGUCUAUGCUGAAAAAAAAAAAAAAAAAGGCAGAUGAUGUCUAUUUUCAGUUGUUUUUUGACGUUUUGGAUCAUUUAGUUAUUGCUGUGGUAUAUGAGAAGAUGUAAGAAUUUGACAUGGUAACAGCAUUACUUUUUUGAAUU